GUCAAUCGAACGCAAAAUCACAAAUUUGUAGUAGGGACUGUCAAUUGACCUUUGAAUUUGAAACAGAAAAGAGUUUCUCUUUAUAUACACUUCUCAGCUGCCAGUUAGUUUCCUUGUCAUGCAGAUUCAGUGCACCUGGACAUGCUCUGAACUGCGCCUCAGGCCUUCGACUUUCCUUAGGUUUUCGAAGCAUUUGAGGAAAAACAUCGGCUGCGUUGGGAAAAGAGGACGACCCAAUUCAUUUAUCGCCGCCAUGUCGUCGGUUACCACCACCACUGAUAAUGAGGUCGCUUCUAAUCAAAAUGGGCCAACCCAUGACGCCAAUCCUCCUUUACAGAUUGCCAAGCGCUUGGAGAAGUUCAAAACAACAAUCUUCACACAAAUGAGUAAUCUCGCCAUUAAACACGGAGCUAUAAACCUUGGCCAAGGCUUCCCCAACUUUGAUGGUCCUGAGUUUGUAAAAGAAGCAGCAAUUCAAGCCAUUAAAAAUGGGAAGAACCAGUAUGCUCGUGGAUAUGGAGUUCCAGACUUCAACUCCGCCAUUGCUGAGCGAUUCAAGAAAGACACGGGCCUUGUGGCGGACCCUGAGAAAGAAAUUACAGUUACCUCUGGGUGCACAGAAGCUAUAGCUGCUACUAUUUUGGGCUUGAUAAAUCCUGGUGAUGAGGUUAUUCUAUUUGCUCCUUUCUAUGAUUCUUAUGAGGCUACUUUAUCCAUGGCUGGUGCCAAAAUAACGGGCAUCACGUUGCGCCCUCCGGAUUUCUCUGUCCCCAUUGAGGAACUCAAGUCCAAAAUCUCAAAGAAUACUCGCGCAAUCAUGAUAAACACUCCUCAUAACCCAACCGGGAAGAUGUUCACUCGGGAGGAGCUCAGCACAAUUGCAUCUUUAUGCAUCGAGAAUGAUGUGUUGGUUUUUUCCGAUGAAGUUUACGAUAAGUUGGCUUUUGAACAGGACCACAUUUCCAUGGCCUCUCUUCCAGGAAUGUGGGAGCGAACGGUAACCAUGAAUUCCUUGGGAAAGACAUUUUCCUUGACGGGGUGGAAGAUUGGGUGGGCGAUAGCUCCCCCACAUCUGACAUGGGGAGUGAGGCAGGCGCAUGCUUUUCUCACAUUUGCCACGUCCACCCCCAUGCAGUGGGCUGCUGCUACGGCUCUUAGAGCCCCAGAUUCUUACUAUGAGGAGCUAAAGAGGGAUUACAUGGCAAAGAAGGCAAUUUUGGUUGAAGGGUUGAAAGCUGUUGGUUUCAAGGUAUUUCCAUCCAGUGGCACAUACUUCGUGGUUGUAGAUCACACCCCUUUUGGAAGGGCCAACAAUGACAUCGAGUUUUGCGAGUAUUUGAUCAAAGAAGUUGGGGUUGUAGCAAUCCCAACUAGUGUAUUUUACCUGAACCCAGAAGAGGGGAAGAAUUUAGUCAGAUUUACCUUCUGCAAAGAUGAGGGAACUCUUAGGGCUGCAGUAGAGAGGAUGAAGCAGAAACUGUUGGGAAAAUAAGGAGAUUCCUUUUUGCUCUUUUUUUUUUCAGAAUAAGUUGAGAUUGAACUCAAUUAUAUUAACAUUGCUGUCAAAGCAGAGCAUUUAGAGUGAAUUAGACUUUAUUCCAGGAAAUUCAUGGACAAAAUAAUCUGGAUUAGUGAGUGAUCUUUUUAUGAUUAUUCCAGAGUUGUCUUUGUAUUAGAUAUUAUGAAUACUUUGUAUCCAUCAUUGGCUUAGGCCAACACCUACCAUCUAACAGAACAGAACUAGGAAUACUACUAAUAUCCAUUGGAAGCCGCAAGAUUGCUGAAGUACCAAGUUUAUGUUGUAUUUUGAUAGACUGCCGUUAGAUUACCACUAAUAACCAGGUGUUGAUGGCAGUUUGUCUUGUGAACGAUUGUAGCUUAAUGUGAUAUCAAUGGUAACCUUCCAUA